AUGAAGAACCAGGAGCACCAUCCUCAGAAGGUAAGACGAGGAGGCAGCGAGCAGCUUGUACCGGAGGCACAUAAUUAGAUGCCACAAAAGGAGAAAGUGUGUGUGUGUGUGUGUAUCAGGGGAAGAGAGCUUUAGCAGGUGCCUUUUUCUGGAUGGCAAAACAAUCCAGGCUCAGGAUUGCACAUCCCACAGUCCCUGUAUCCUUUCCCCCAGGUAAGCUUGGCAGGGGAUGCUUCCUCUGGGACCCAGACCCUUCAGAGUAGCAGGUUGUCUGCUGCUAAAGGUGGAGAGCGACGACACCUUCUGCCCCUGGCAGGACCCCAGGAAGCAGCAGGUGGGGCAGGUGGGAGGCGGGGGUGGCUGGCUGGCUGUCAUUGCACAGCCAGCUCUUCUCACUCUCUUUAAUUAGCAAGCUGGGGGGGGGCUGUGCCUAUACUUGAGUGCACCCGCUUUUCACCAGCCAGCCUCAUCACGCAGGUGUUUCUUUUUCCUCUGGAAGGCAGGUGUUUCCACCAGGGGAUGAUGCAUGCUAUAUGGCUGGGGGUGGGAUUUAGGUACGGAACAAUUGGGUGGGGAGAGAGAGGAUUGCAAGUCCCCUGUAGUGUUUGCAUCAGUGCUUGUCCUCCCACUGCAUCCUAUGUGCAACAGGUGCUAAAAGGGAAAGAGCACCCAGGAAGGCAGACUAGAGAGGUUCACAUCGGACAUGGCUGGAGCAGGAAACCGGGUCAGGUCUAUCAAGUCCCUCGUUGCUUCUUUCCAUAUCCGCUCCCUCUCGGCUUGCAUCACCCGGCCGGCUCCUCCCUCUUUCCCCCUGGGAAGCCUUCUUCUGGCAGUGAUUCUUUUCCCCUUUCCCCUUCCCACUUUUACAUCACCCAGGCAGAAUCUCUUACAUAAGCAUGUCAGUGUGGCAUAGUGGUUAGAGUGCCAGGUAGGAACUGAAAGAGCAGGGUUCAAAUCCUCACUCAGCCAUGAAGGUUACUUGGGGCCAGUUACAGCCUAACCACAACAUAUUGCUGUGAGAAUAAAAUGGAGUGGGAGUAGAGGACCAUGUGCUGUAUGCCACCCUGGGAUAUGAAUGCAUUAAUGUUUAUUCAUUUAUUUAUCUUUCCCCAUAUCUCCCACUUCUGACUCCACUGUUGGCUGUUCCAAGACAUUUUGCAGUAAAUGAAGGUAGAGCAGUAAAUAGCACCCAGUACACCCCCCCACCCCGGUUCAAGGCCAGCCAAGUUAUUUUGGCCCUUGAGGCAGAAAAUCCCACAAGACUCCAACCACCAUUCAGAGUGCGCUGUCUGAGAAAGUUCAUAAGAUUUGCAGGGACAGGUAGUCUAUAAGCAAAGCCAUCCAUCCUGUUUCUGACUGGUGCUAGCAGGGGUGGACAUUGGUAAUAUUUUGUAAUAUGACGUCCUUUGUGAGGCCAACAUUUGGCGCCCCAAAAUGGAUCUUCUCAGUUUGGCACCACCCUAAAUCUGGUGCUAGUGCUAGUCUUUGGACCAAAAGGCUCUCUCAUUGCGGCAGGUAGCAGGCAAAGCAAAUUUUAAAAAAAACAAGUUACAACCGCCAAGAAAACCCCCUAAUUAAAAUGCACAAUGAAACAAUUUAAUCAAAACGUUAGAAUAAAAAUCCACAGUCAAAAUGCACAAUAAAGCAAUCCCAUUAAGACAGCAGCAGAAGAUUCAAGUCAGGAGCUAUGGGGAAUACUUGUCUAAAUGGGGAUUUGCUAUGAUUUUGCUGAAGCAGUGAGCCUUGUUUUGCUCUAGUGACUUUCAAGGUGGCUUCCUGCCGUCUCUAGUCCAGGUCUCCACCUCCCAUCCCAAAUUUUGAGAGAAAUGAAAAUUAAUUUGUUUCUGGGCUAGUGGUGCUGGAUAAGUAGGUGAAAGUACCGCCAUUUCACCAAAUAAUGAGCCUUCACCAGCACAGAGUGGUGGAGAUGCCAUGCAGCCUCAGCCAAUUGAUCUGAACACCUCUGAGAGGCAUGACCUUAUCUAAUCCCCAGGACACUAACUCGUGUCUGCUUUCCCCCCAACUUUUGUGUGUGGCAUGCACACUGACGGGGUUCAGACAAUAAUAUCUCAGCAGCUUCAGAACAAGGCAAGGUAUUAAACCAGCUUCAAACUGAAGUUUAAUAUCAUAAGCAGCUGCUCUACAACAGAACUAAACCCUCUCUUUUACGCACAUGUGUGCACACACACACAUCUCACAUAAAUGUAACUUAAUGCUAAGGUCCCCCUUCUCUCUCCCUGUAAUGUAUAACUGAGGAAAUGAAAGAUAUGGCAUCAUUACACCGUGCUAAUGUAGAGUAAGGGGAGGCUACUACAUACCACAUCUGGUUCCAACCAGAUCUGAAGUCAAGGUCUACAAAAUGGGACACUCCCCAAAACUGUGGAGAAAAAUAUUCAUUUUGAAGUGUUUCGGGGGGGGGGUGUCUUUUGAUUUCUCCAGCUGCCAGCUUGUGACUCAGAUGUGGCACAGAUGCAUUUCUUAAAGUGAGGGAUUUUCUCUCUCUCCUGUAACUCAGUGUUCUUGAGUGUGAUGUGGGACUGAUGACCUAAAUCAGUAAAAUAAAGGCUUUUGUGGGGCUUACACACACUCUAAGAAAUGUUUUUCGUAUUCCAAAAGGCAGUCUAUCACAUUUAUCUGGUGUGUAUUGGAAUAAUAAUAUUUGUCCUUUUUGCCUUUUUACCACAAUAGUCACCAUAUACUUUCUUUUUUUAUAUAUCCAAAGCUAGCUUAUCCAUUGUUCAUUUAUCUGAAGGAUAGCCCUCUCGCUCUGAAUCUGCCCUUGUUUUUUCUACUCUGAACUAUUUCUGUUUGAGGAUGCCUUCAUAGAAUACCUAGCUGUCCAAAGGACAGGAGAAGGGAAUGGCAGAAAGCUGUUAAAAAUUUCCUGCUGAGGAACCUGUGCUGGAGUCUCUCAGUCUCCCAGCAGAGUUUGGCAUUAUAGAUUAACCACAAUGCUUAAACUUUGCAGCCUGGGAAGAAAAGCUUCUUGCCUCAAUUUGUUGUUCCAAGCGAUGGUGUGUAUGAUUGAAUUUUUUUUCUUCAGGAACAGAAGGCUGCCUAAGAAAAAUGAAAAGCAAAGAUGCUCAGAAUGCCACCAGGAUUCUAAAGAAAGCACCAGAUUGUAGCAUGGAGAGACAAACAUGUCACUCCAAAGUAUAGCAGUGAUCACACUCAGUGGAAACUGGCCUUGGCCAAAAAAUGGGGUAGAGUCUUUGUCAGAAUAAACUUUAGGCUGAUUCAUAUAACUUCAGUUGUGGGAUAACCCUUCAUUAACCCUUCCUGGUGCUCAAUUUGUAGAAAGCCAGGUGCUAGAAACUGCUCUCAGGUAUGAGACAUAUGUACUCUACAUAUGCUCAGAGGCAUACUCUUUCUUCAGACAUCCCAUGGCAUAGUAUAUAGGUUCCAGGAAUGAGCCAUAGAGCUAUGGCCUUCCUGGACAGAGAUAGCCUGGCCACUGGUAACUUCCAGGCUGGAUUACUGUAAUGCGCACCAUAUGUGGCUGCCCUUGAGUCCAACUAGUGCAGAACACAACAGCCGUACUGUUGAUGGGGGCAUCUGGCCGAGAACCUGUGACACCAUAGUUAAAACAGCUGCACUGGCUGCCCAUCUGCUACAGAGCCAGGGUCAAGAUCCUUGUAUUAAUUUACAAAGCCAGCCUGAACCACUUAGGUCCAGGGUACGUCAGGAAUCACCUGAACUGUUAUAUCCCAGCUCAGUCACUGAGCUCAUUGCAGGGGCAUUGUUGGUCGUUCCUCAAAUGUAUGAGGCCUUCUUGAUAACAACAAGAAAUAAAGCCUUUCAUGUCAUUGGCUCAGUCCUGUGGAACACUCUGCCACUAGAGAUUCAGCUGGUGCCUUCUGUUCCAACUUUUCAACACCUGCUGAAAACUUUUCUAUUUCGCUAGGCUUAUGCAGUCAAUUAAGAAUACAUCUUUCCACAUUGGUUAAUUGAUUUCUGUUUUUAACUUUUUAAUAUGCUUUUUACUGUAUUGUUUUGUGUAUUUUUGUUGUAAGCCGCCUUGAUAUAUAUAUUUUUACAAAAUAGCUGCAUAUAAAUAAACAAAUAGAGGGAUCCCUGGCUAAAAUUCAAGCUCUGUGGGCACCCUUCCCCUCUCCCAUCUUAAUUAAGUACAUAUUUGGCAAGCAAGUUCCCUUGAGUCCAAAAGUGUGUGCAAGUGACUAUAAGAUGUGAUGUGGACAUUUUCACACAGUAAUUUAUGUAUGUGGCUGGAUAUCACAAUAAACACUAGUCCGUUAACUGCCUUCCUCAUACUAUGCCUCUGCUUUGCUUUGGGGCAGUUAAAAAAAAGAGAGAGAGCCAAGUAUUGUAUAGGUUGAUUCAUUGCACCUGAGAUUCUGACACUGAGAAGAAAACAAUAACCAAGGACCAAGCUUAGAGUCUUCUUACUCAUAGUAGUCUCAUAGAUGAUGAAGGGCAUUUAGACAAAAGAGAGUAUGGCAGGAGGCGGGUAGAAGGGAGAGAUUAAGCAAUCAAAGGUAAAUAGUUUGGACCAUAAUGUGGGCUGAAAAUGGGGUUUAAGAGAAUCUAUUAGAACUAACAUUCUAAAGAUUACUAGUUAACAUUGAUUUCAUGCCAAGCAGGUGCUAGAAAAAACCCUAAAGGAUUUUGACUUAUUUAAUGAACAUGUUUCCUAAAACAAAGGCAUUUAUUUUUAUUUUCAAAAAACCCUCCAAAAAAGAAGUGUUCUGGAAAGUGUAAGGUUUUAUUUUAUUCAGACAGCACAGAAUGUAAUAUAUAUAUGUAUUUAGAAAAGUAUUACAAUGCCUGCUGAAAUGAUUUUUUUUAAUUUCAGCUAUUUAUAUACUGCUUAAUCACCGAAGUAUAAAAUGGUACCUCGGGUUACAUAUGCUUCAGGUUACAGACUCCACUAACCCAGAAAUAUUACCUCGGGUUAAGAACUUUGCUUCAGGAUGAGAACAGAAAUCGUGCAGAGGCGGCGCAACAGCAGCAGGAGGCCCCAUUAGCUAAAGUGGUGCUUCAGGUUAAGAACAGUUUCAGGUUAAGAACAGACCUCCAGAAUGAAUUAAGUUCUUAACCCGAGGUACCACUGUAUAAGUGAUGUACAUAAAGAAUACAAAAGUAAUUCCGUGGAUAAAAUCAGUUAAAAUUGUUCGUAAAACAGAAAACUUCCUUAAAAUUUACUGCUUUAAGUGCAUACACACACGUAUGCACACACAGACACUAUUAUUAUAUUAAUAGAAAAAAAGUCAUAAUAGUUUCCUUGUACACCUUACUCAGCUAAGCAUUUUUAAAAUACAUUUGCCGCUUAUUUUAAAGGCAAUUUCCCACCCCAACUUGCUUUAGAACACAGAUCUAUUGCACCCAGCUAGUUUGUCCUACUUUCUCUGUGUGCUGCCCCACUCCUUUUUCUUACAAGGGAAUGACUGCAAGAUCUAAUUGCUUCAGCAAAAAUCCUGGAAAAAUAUAAGCCGUUACUGCAAGAGGUUUAGAAACUGGAGGUUUACAUUGUGUAAUGGUGAGACUUAGGCUGUGUACACAUGGAUACCAUUUACUCCAGCUUCAGUGCACUCCCACUACUGGAACAGUGAAACUGAGUACACAAGAUAUUGGCUGAAACCCAUCUGUAUCCUGCAGUUUCUUGAGAAAUUCUCUUGUUCAAUGCAUUUCCCCUUAAACCACCUUCUUCCUGAUUUGAAAAUAUAAACUGUGGUUAAGCUGAGAUAUUGUACAUCUGAGAUAGCCAUUGAACAUGCACUGAUGGUAGCCCAUGUGCAGAUGACCUCCUCUUCAAAUAGGACAGGCAAACUUGGCGCUCCAGAUGUUUUGGGACUACAACUCCCAUCAUCCCUAGCUAACAGGACCAGUGGUCAGGGAUGGUGGGAGUUGUAGUCCCAAAGGAUCUGGCGGGCCGAGUUUGCCUAUGCCUGAAAUAGGAGUUUGGUGCAGAGAAACUAAAUCAGGAAAUGGGCAUGGGGUAAAGACAUGGUUUGAAGCUCUACUGAACCCGAAUUAGGUGAUCAUUCUGAUCUGGUUGGGGCUGCAAUCUCCUGAAUGAUCACGUGGACACUUUUGGAAGUUUCCUGGAUCCUGCACUGCUCCUGGGUGCCCUCAGUGACCAUAAGCUUUUCAGCAUAAUUGGCUGAUGCACCAGUUGUGUUCCUAGCUGGAGAAGACCUGGCCAGUUCUUCAUGCCCCUGUUAUGCCCAGUUUAGAUCACUGUAACAUAUUCCAUACAUGGCUGCCUGCCUUUCCAAAGCACUUGAAAGCUUCAGUCGCUUCAAAAUGUAGCUGCCUUGGUACAGUAUGACGCUUUCUGAUCUUGUCAUCCCAGUGAUACUCCAGUUGUACCAACAUGAAUUUUGGUUCCAGGCUUAAUUUGAAGUCUUAACCUUAAGGCCUUAAAAGAUCUGGAGCCAGUUUGAUUUAUGGACUGCCUUCUUCCUUUUGCUCAUGCUCAAGCACUCUGUUAAACUGCCACUCUGUUGGUAGUCCUCCUGCUGCCUGAAAUUUGGCAGGUGGUGACACAAGAUGGCUUUUCCGAUGGCGGAGCCUAGACUGUGGAGUGACCUCCCCAGAAAGAGCCAUAUGGCUACCUCACUUGCUCACUUUUCAGUGAGAAGCUAAAAUGUGGCUUUUUAAAGGAAGCUUUCAGUCUGUAUUAAUUUUAUCUUGUAGCUGCUUAACGUUGCUAUUAUAUUUUAGAUGUUAAAAUGCUGUAUUGUAAAUCACUUUGACAGCCUUUGGGAGGAUUAAUGGCAUAUAAAUGUGUUCAGUAAACAGAUGAAUGGCUAUUAUGGUGCAUGGAAAAAUAUACAGUACCAUGAAGGGCAUUUUUAGUAGAUUUUCCCUGGUUAUAUUCAUUUCUACAGAUGUUGGCACUGUCCUGUCCAUAUAGUUACUUUCUGCUUUGAUGUGUUAGGUCUAGAUUAUUAUAAAUGUAAGUGUGUAUGUGAGAAAGUGAGUGAGUGUACAUGAUAAUGUACUUGUCCACAUGAGUUACAGAUAUGUCAUGUACAUACAUAGGCAUCUUUUGAACUAAGAUAUAUAGAAGUUUCUUUGGGCAUCAUGUUCAUAUAUGUGCCAUGAAGCCUUGGGCCAGUCACCAUCUCUUAGUCUAAAGCAGAAACAUGUACACCACCUUGAGAUCCUUGGAAGAUAGAAGUGGUAUAUAAAUGUAAUAAAGAAAUAAAAAUAUAUAAUUGCGUCUAUGAGGUCUGUAUAUGGAUACACAUGUUAUUCACAUGUGUGUGAUAUUAGCUUGCCCACGUACAGACAUGUUUGUAUGGCUGGGUCUGAGCAGAGAUAUGUGCGCAUGUAAGUGCAAGAGCAUGUAAACAUAUGGCAGGUAAAUCUGUGCUUCACUAACACUUUCUUCACUUGUCUCCAUGGAAACUGAACAAGAGGAGCAUUGCUACAACUGUAGCCUAUUGUGGGAGAGGAAAGGGCAGCUAUUGGAGAAAAAAAGGAGAACCAACGUUUAAUUUGGGCCAGCGCUCACCAGUGCUCUGGCUGUUUUCAAGGAACAUAUGAAUUAAUAAUAAAGAUCAAACAGUUCUCCUGAGUUUCGGCAAACUCAGUCGCUGCUGAGUAGCCAGAGCCUGUCCCCUCAUGUCAAGGAUUUUAAGGGAGAGCUUUCAAGUCAGAGUGUGUGGUUUCCAUAUAGGAUUGAGCCCUGUCACCUCUCUUUUUAUGAAAUUAAGAACCAGAUGCAGGCAGCUUCUUGUGUUGGGAAAAUAUAUUUGGAAGCCAUGUCAAGGGAGGAUCAUUUUUAAGUCAGUCUAGUUCAGCCAGUGUCUUAGCUAGGCAGACAGUUCUUAAAUGAGGCAAUGGAAGCCAGCGAGAUGAUGGGUUGCUGCUUUUUAACUUGGCAAACCAAAGAGGGUUUGUUGGGCCAGAGCAGAGGUAGCCAAUUAUGAGACUCCAAUUCCCAUCAGCCUCAGUCAACUAGAUCAGUGGUCAGGGAUGAUGGGAGUUGGAGUCCAACAAUAUCUGAGGGCACUAUGUUAGCUAUCGCUGGCCCAGGGGUGUGAUUCAGGUGCAAUAUGGGUUAAGUUAAUCCUUGACAAACAUCAUGCAAGCCGGGAGAGCAGAACUGGACAUGGAGAAGUGGUGUAGCUCUGUGCCAGAGCACAAGCUUUGCAUGAUGAGGAUCUCAGAUUCAAUUGCAUCUCCAAAUACGGCUGGGGAAAACGUCUGUUGGAACCGAACCCCCGGAGAGCGUAGUCAGUGUAGAGUAGACCAAGGGUAGUCCAGGGUGGUGCUCUCCAGAUGAUGUUGGAGUCUACCUCCAUCAACUCUAGCUGGCAUGGCCAGUGAUUAGGAAAGAUGGGAACUGUAGUCCCAACAAUAACUGGAGGUCACAAAUGGGCUGGCUCUGUAUAAAGCAGACAGGCAACAGCUCCUGCUGUGGACCUCUGAGGCUGAGAAGAUGGACUUCACUCAGCUCAUGACAGAUGCAAGUCUUUCCUUGCAGCUCCCAUCAGCCCCAAGCAGUAUGGGCAGCCAUGAUGAAAGGCACAGUCACUCAGUGGCAGAUCUCUUGGUGUUUCAAAUUUCAGCGGCACCCUGUGUGACGCCAAAAUUCGGAGCCCCUCCACCUCUUGAGCUCCCCAGAAGGCACCCCUGAGGCACCAUGCACAGUGCGACCGAACCAGUUGUGCUCGCCUAAGUAUGCUGUAGUCCAAUAACAUGGAGGGCCACAGGUUGCCCACCCCUGUGUGUGUAUAUUACAAACAUAUACCACCAUCUAGCUUCUAUCAACCCUUUUCUUAAAAAAAAAAAUCAUUUCCCCUUGCUCUCUGAAGUUUCCCUUGCAUUUCUUUCUGUCUUCUUCCAACAACCUUGUCUUUAAUUCCUCACUUCUGCCCCUUGUCAGCCCGUGAUUCCAGACUUGCUAAUGACUCCAAGCGAUCAAGGAGAUGGUGACCUGGAGAUUGAAUACCCUGAAGACAGAGGGAACUGGACAGGCAAGCUGGAUUUCCUUUUGUCCUGUAUUGGCUACUGUGUUGGACUGGGGAACGUCUGGAGGUUUCCAUACCGCGCUUACACAAAUGGAGGAGGUAAGCCCUGGGCUUUUCUUACCUCCUGUGCUGGAGGGCUGCAUCUCUAUAUUUAAAACUGACAAUAGAAAACUGGUGUCAGGUAGGAGUUGUGUGUGCGUGCAACUCCCACAGCAGCAACUGCUACGCAGGCAUGGCCCAGAAGGACUCCUCAAUGCUGCUGCUUUGCCUGUAGCCACAACCAACUUCAGGAAACGCACCAAGCAGACACCUGAUUUCCUGCAUCAGCUUCUCAGCUUGGAGUCACAAACGACUCUGCUGAUCCCCUGGGUUGGAUGUGCAUUUGCUCUUGGCUGGUGCACAAGCACCCUGGGGACACUGCUGAGUUACUGUCUCUCUCUGCAGCUUGCAAGACAUUGAUCUGGCAGGUGGGAGCGUACACUGCCCACCCCAAAUGACAGGCACACCUGCAUCUCUGAAAUGCAGGGCAGGGGGGAUGGAGUGUUUUAUUUUUUUUAAAAAAAAAGACAGACACCAGGAACACAAGUGAUACUGAAGUGGUAUCUAAAGAAUAUCUGCCUAGGCUAUGGUCCCUUUAAUUUUUACAAAACCAAAAUGGGGACGGGGUGAUCACAACAAAAACUGCCAGAAAGUCGACACCUAAACAUACAAAACUCAAAUUCCUGUAGUUCGCUCCAGCUCAGUGCUGGAUGAAAAGGCACAGGUCCCUAGAUUGUCUACCCUAUUCAUGGGUGAUAGUCCUCUGUGACCCAUUUACUAUACCCCUGUGGUGUCCUGGGAUAUACAACUAAGGACACAUUUAUAAAGGGGCUGGCUGCCAUGCCAUAUGAACUGUUUACUCUUAAGCAGGCUUCAGCAUGAUGCCAGGCACCUCUGUCAAAUGUCCUGCGUGCUUCCGAAAGCAACACGGAUGAAUCAGUAGGAGGCAUACAUCCUUCUGAGUCAGUGCAUAGUGCAGCUUGCAUGAAUUCAGGAUGUGAAAGGGCAGCACACUCCUGGAGAUACCAUCUUCUCCACUGGGGAGAAAAGUAACAACAACAACAAGAUUCUAACCAUUCACUGUAAAUCUUUAUCAGUGUUUUGCUUAUGCCAUAGGGGUGUCGGUCCCAGAAAGCUGACAGAAUUCAGAGAAAUAAUUUGAUUUUGCUUAGCUGAAUCUUCUGGUUAGUGUUUGAUGAAUAGUGUCUUCAGAUUGCUUUUCUAAGAAUGGUGGGUGGAAUUGUUUUCUAUGACAAAAUUGGCUGGCUUUCAGUAGAGUAGAAACUGAGCCCUUUGAAUUGACAGAAAAUCUUGUGAAUCUCAGACAGCUGCCAAAAAUGCAAAUUUGAAAAUAUGUGCCAUGUAGAUAGUCUUUGACGUUUUAUGUUUUUUCCCCAUUUUAAUCCACUGAUUAGGAUACUAUGGGGAUUUAAUUGGGUUCUUGGCUGAACCACAGUCACUCCAGUGAUCUUGUCAAGUCAUUUAGAUUCAGCUUUCACCUUAAAGUCUUUGCUCUAAGUCCCCCAGAUCAUCUCAGUUUCCUAUUAUUGUGCCUAUUUCCUCAUUUUUGUUACCAAAGAUGCUAAGGAAUGAUUCUUGACCUUCUGCAAGCAAAGCAUGUGCUCUAUCACUGAACUAUGGUCCCAUCACAAGCAAGUUAUUAUGAUAGGGGGUACUUCCAAUGCUGGAGUCAUAGAGUUCUCAGAUGGCAACCUGGGCAUUUGCACAUACAGUUAAAGUAACUGGAAAUCAAGGGAGCUAUUGUAGACUUGGCGCUGCUCAGGCAUGCAAGGUUUUUUUUUUGCAGUAUCCACACAAUGACAUCAAAAUGCCGUUCCAUUCUCCCCACUCCCAUUCUCACUUAAUCCACAUUUACUGUUUCCAGUUUUUGUUUUAACCUAUUGGGUUUUCCAUAGAAAUGUUCAAUCUAGAUUAAAGUUGCAGCCUGCACUGUAGAUCCUACAUUGAGCUGGUGUUGCAUUAGAUGACCUCCAAGGUCCCUUUAGCACAAUGAAACUAUGCUACAUAGGGAAGUUAUAUAACAAGGUGCUCACAUUUAACUGUGCUGCUUGCCCAACAUCCAGUCAUGCCCCCUGUGCCUUGUGUCACAAUUUUCUAUCCUACAGGGGCAUUCCUUGUUCCUUAUUUCAUCAUGCUGGCGAUCUGUGGGAUACCCAUCUUCUUCAUGGAGCUGUCGCUGGGCCAGUUCUCCAGCUUGGGGCCUCUUGCUGUUUGGAAAAUAAGCCCUCUGUUUAAAGGUAUGUGUGCAUGCAAGGCAGUUCUCAGCUUCCUUGAUGUUUCUGUCUCUCUCUCUUCUGCUGAGAACUAUAAAACCAGGGUCCGUUGUGUCAGUAGCAAAAAGGCAUAGCAGCAGCUGUUGCCACUGUCUCCGCUCAUCAUGGAGCAAACUUAGAACAUAGGAGUCUAUGGGUGCGAAUGGAUGGUACACAAAGGGAUCAGUGAAGCUGCAUGGUGAGAGGCACAGAGAAGGCAGCCUUUCUCUCUCUCAUUGUUUCAGAGUUUUAAUGGUCCAGUCUCAAGCUCCGAGUUGCAUAAGAAACAACCCCAACGAGGCCAAUGUUUUCACAUGGCUUGUGUGCUUUUAAAUGCAACAGCUUACACUAGAGAUGGUGACAAAUGUGACAGCCAGGAUGAAAAUUACUGGUGUGGAUAGUUAUAAAUGGAUAGGGAUGCUUGAGGAAUCAGUCCCUUGCUAAUUCCAGUACAAGCAGACACAAUCCACACCUCCCAGAUGAAUGUGCAGAUUGGAAUGCAACUAUCCCUUGGGAUUUCACAGUUUUUCAAAUUCUGCAAAAAAACCGAUACUAAAACGCAUAUAGAAAUGUGUAGUUUGAGACAAAAUAUAUUUAAGGUGCUUUCAGACUGGUGUUUACAGUGGUACCUCGGGUUACAGACGCUUCAGGUUACAGACGCUUCAGGUUACAGACUCCACUAACCCAGAAAUAGUACCUCGGGUUAAGGACUUUGCUUCAGGAUGAGAACAGAAAUCGUGCUCUGCCAGGGCAGCGGCAGUGGGAGGCCCCAUUAGCUUAAGUGGUACCUCAGGUUAAGAACAGUUUCAGGUUAAGAAUGUACCUCCAGAACAAAUUAAGUUCUUAACCCGAGGUACCACUGUACUGUGGUGUUGGUGUGUCUCACGCAUACACGUUUUUUGCAGUAUCCAGCCUGUAUUCCUCCCCCCUCCCCUGGCAUGGCAUUUAAUCCAGAUUUACCCUUUCCAGGAAGGAAAGGUAAAACAAACACCUGUUUGCAAUAUCUCAAUAACCUGCUUGCAUAAUAACUCCCCUCCUCAAAAUCUGGAAGCAACCUUAGCAAUGCAUAGCAAUAGCCACCAACUGGAUGGCUCCAAAACAGGACAAAUUCAAGAAGGACAUUGCUAUUAGCCACAGUGGCUAUGUACUGCCUCCCCUGUAGGAGGCAGUAUGCCUCUGAAUACUAAUUGCUGGAAACUGCAGGAGGGGAGAGCUCUGUUGUUCUCCACUCCUGCUUGCAAGAUUCUCAAAGGCAUCUGGUUGGUCACUGUGAAAAUAGGAUGUGGCCUAGAUAGCAGAGCUAUUUUCAUGUACUUAUGUAAUUUGUGAGAAAAUAUGUGUCUAAAUGUAAAUUUUAGUUUGGAUUUCUUUUUUAAAUGUAGAUUAAUUCAGAAAUAGGGCAAAAUGGAUUUAUGAAUGUAAACAUGCAAAGCUGGCAUGGACCAGGAAUAGGCUGGUCCUUCCAUCCUCUGUACAUAUCAUGUAACCAAAGCAAAUGAAGCUUUCUUCUCCAGUCGUCAAGUGCCAGCCUAUGUGGUUAUGACUGACUCAGAUUUUCUGGCGUGGAAAUGUUCACUAUAAACAGUGCAGCAUAUAAGCAGCACCCAAGGAGCUGUUUGAGUCUUGUUGCCGUUAUGUUAAUCUGUCUUCCAUUUUCGUUCCCUUUUCAGGUGUUGGCAUGGCCACAAUCCUGAUUGUCUGCUUGGUGGCCAUUUACUAUAACAUGAUCAUUGCCUACGUUCUCUUCUACCUCUUUGCCUCGCUGACAAAAAACUUGCCCUGGCAGUACUGUGGCAACUGGUGGAAUACAGAUCUGUGCCUGGACCACCACAUCAUGCGCACGGGGAAUGGCGCUGUCCCCUUCAACAUCUCUAACACUGUCAGCCCAAGUGAGGAAUACUGGAGGCAAGUACAAUAAGCCAGGCAAUGUUUAGGUGACCGACCAUUGACGACCAUAUUGGACCUGAUUGACAACUGCACACUCUAAAUCAGGGAUCCCCAGCCCUUUUGGGGCCCUUGGCCCAAUCCAGUUUAUGUUCCUAAAUUAUGUGGUUUUCAAUGGCAGAUUUGCCCUCCCUUGUUCUAAGAGAGACGUGAUGCUCCUGUCCAUUAACCGCCUCCCUUUUGUCCUAGUCGUUAUGUCCUGCACAUCCAGGAGAGCUCGGGGAUUGGCGAUCCUGGGAGGAUCCGCUGGAAUCUAUGCCUGUGUCUUCUCCUCGCCUGGGUCAUUGUGUACCUAUGUAUCCUAAAGGGAGUCAAAUCCUCUGGCAAGGUAAAGUAUGAAUCGGCAGCAGCCACUAGUGUGUUUGAAGCUAUGCUUGUUCUGGAACUAUUAGCUAGACUCAAUGGUUGGCCUCUUCCCCUCCAUUGCAUUCGCAGUGGCCCAACCAGUAACCCUCUAUACACCGGGGCUUAAUGUAUAUGAAUGGGGGGGGGUGUUUGGCUUUACAUGUGGACAUUCCCCACACAUUUUAGAAUUUGCUGCCAAGGUUCUAAAUUGUAUGGGGAGCCCUGCAAGUAAAGCAGACUCCCAGCUGCAGAUGCUCAGCCUUCCGAUGCAUGGAGGGAGACAGGACAGGCUACAGGGGACCUAACAGAGCUGGUGGGGCCAACAAGUACAGCUCCAGUCUCCUCCCUCGCACAAUUGGUAUCAUUGUCUGACAAUAACCAUGUGUACCCCCACCCAGCUGCACUAGGAGGAAUGUCUUGAUGGUAAGAGCAAACUCAAGUCAAUUUCCGAGAGGGGUGGUGGGCUCUCCAUCACUGGAGGUCUGGACAACCAUCUCUUGGGGAUGCUCUAACUCUGAAUUUCUUGCAACGUGCAGAGGAAUUAUUUAUUUAUUACAUUUAUAUUCCUCCAAGGAACUCAAGGAUUCAUGCACCACUUUUUCUUUCUCUAUAUUAUCCUCACAUAACUCUUAUUAGAUAGGUUAGGCUGAGAUUUGGUGACUGGUCCAAGGUCACCCAGUGAGCUCCAUGGCUGAGUGGCAAUAUGAACCCUAGUCUCUCAGGUCCUAGUCCAACACUCCAACCAAUACACCACAAUGGUUGGACAUUAUGGGUACAUGACAACCACUCUGCAUAAUCUGUGGAACACUGCAAGACUUCUACAGAGAUGUCCUGUAGACAGCCACCAUCUCCACAUUUUCUUAUGCAUACUGAAAUGAACCACUGCAGCUUCAAUCAAAUACCUUUAUCCUCUUGCAGGUUGUAUAUUUUACAGCUACCUUUCCUUACCUCAUCCUGAUCAUGCUCCUGAUUCGAGGUGUGACCCUGGAAGGAGCCUGGUUAGGAAUCAAGUUCUAUCUCACGCCACAGUUUGACCUGCUACUGUCUCCCAAGGUGAGGUUUAUGCCAUGUGAUUUCACUGUAGAGUGGAGCUUAAUUACAUAGACCUGCCCUUUCAGCUGCCACACACAAGUGCUCGCCAUGUUCAGAGCAGAUGUGUGCAGCAGGGGGCUCCUCAAACUUGGUGGGAUGCACAAGGAAGGAAAAGGCUUUCCUUUUAGAAGAAUGUUUAUGGGCUGGAUAGGCCAAUCAGGUUUUAAUUGGACCCCACUUGUAAGUAGGACAGCCCUUGCAAAAAUAAAAUUGAAAAGCAAGUGACAUUCCAAUGCUAUGUAAGAAUAGCAUUUUAGAUCUGUCCAUGCAAAAUAUACAUCACUGAGACCAGAGCAACAUACUAUAUUAGAUGUGUUGCUGCUACCAUAAACAGCAGUUGUGUAUUUUAGCACCUCCCCCUAUAAAAUCAAAGACAACUUACCCAUUUCCAGCCCCCUUGUUUCCAUCAGCAUCACUCACUUCCCUCAUAUGAAACAUUUAUAUGAAAAUAUAAAGUGGCUCAUAUAUAUAUAUACUGAGCCUCAUUUCUCAUUUUAGCCCAUUGUUCCCUAUUUUGACUAGCAGUUGCUCUCCAGAUCCUGCUCCUAAACCUGUAAGUGGAGAUGCCAAAGACUGAUUGCAGGCUCUUCUGUGUACACAGCAUGUGCUGGACCACUGAGCCAAGGCCCCUUCCCAUGUGUUGACUUGUCUGAGAUCUACUACAUGUAUUGCAUACACUCUAUAGAAAUGCACUUAGGUGGGUCCAAUCGAAACACAGAGUUCUCCUGUGCAUUAGAGGAAAAAGCAAAAGUAUAACGUGUGUUUACUGCCUUCACUUCUGCUGUAACGUGCAAAGUAGAAAUCAGCAUGCAUCCUUUAUGAGGAGAUGUACAGAAACACUUUAGGAUCAUUUAACUUCAUUAAGGAAUAAGUGCAGACAUUGGCAGAUUAUUAUUAUUUAUUAAAAUUGUAUACAUUGGCAGAUGUGCUUUGACAAAGUUCUUCCUUAAUGUUUCGUUGUCAUGAGAGGUUAGGUAAAGGUAAAGGACCCCUGGACAGUUAAGUCUAGUUGAAUUCAACUAUGGGGUGUGGCGCUCAUCUCCACUUUCAGGCUAAGGGAGCCGGUGUUUGUCCGCAGACAGCUUUCCGGGUCAUGUGGCCAGCAUGACUAAACUGCUUCUGGCGCAACGGGACACUGUGACGGAAGCCAGAGAGCACGGAAACGCUGUUUACCUUCCCACUGCAACAGUACCUAUGCUUUCGAAUCUGGUAUGCUUUCAAGCUGGUUAGAUCAUCCUUAGAAAAAGCUUCACUGUGCACAUGAAUGGACUGUUUUGUCACUCAAAGCAGAGUCUUGACUCUUCUGCAUUUCAAUGGACUUCUCCUUUACCUCUUGUUUUCAAACACUGUUUCAGGUGUGGAUUGAAGCAGCUUUACAGAUCUUCUACUCUCUUGGGGUAGGAUUUGGGGGACUUCUCACCUUUGCAUCAUAUAACACCUUCCACCAGAACAUUUACAGGUACAUGUUUUCAGUGUAACAUGGCAUGGAGAUGGAACAUACAGAGGUGGUUGCUCAUCCAUGUCAUCAUGGAUGUUAGCAACACUCCAUGAUCCCUGAAUUGAGGCUGUAUAGAGUAGCAGGUGAAUGAUGGAUGUGGCAAGAGGAAGGAGACAAAAUGUAACUACCAGAAAACAAGUGGGAAUGUACAAUGGAAACGAACAUAGACUAAAUCAGUCAACCUUUUCCCUGGCUCCCCACCAUCCCUCUAAUGGAUGCUUUGCGACAGUGAAGGCAGAGGAUGAGAUUCACCCAACAAGCCCUGCCCCAUCAGAGAAAGCUCUGUGCAAAGAUUUCCGCUUGCACAAUAGGACCUCCCACCCUUUCCUUCCCCUACACCCCCCAAAAUCGGCUUGGGAGAUGUUGGGAGAUCCCCAACAACAGCAUAGGGCGGGGAGGAGAGAGGGGAUUGUUCUGGUUCUGCUGAAAUGCUUGUGCAAAAGGAAGGUUUAUUGUGGCACAACCACACAGAAUUCCAGCUCAUCAUGGAAUUCAAAUAAAAUCAGCAUAAAGAUCCCAUGAGAACUCUGUUUCUGCUCUUUAUCCUCAGCAAAACAUAUGCUCCUUCAUAUUUCUAUAGGUGACAUAUCUCUCGAUAUUUCCAUGUAAACCCAAAGCACAGCAGAGUAGCAUUUUCUAAGGUAUGAACCCCACAACUUAGAUCCCAAUAGAUGGCAAGUAUGGCAGCCUAAUUUGGUUGUGGUGUCAUCCUUUCCUUCCUCUUGCCUUCCAACUCAGUACAUCAGGGAUGGAACCCUCUGGCUCAGGGUCCAAAUGUGGCCCUUCAAUCCUCUCUGUCUGGCCCCAGGGACUCUUCACAGACCACACACUGUCCUGAGCCACACCUCUUCCCAGCUGUGCUCUGCAAUCUCCUUAAGUCUUUUUGCCUGCCUGGAAUGUCCCCUUAAGCUCUAAUCAUGCUUCUUGCCUGGUGGUGGUGGUGGUGGUGUGUGUAUACAUGUGCAUGCAGAAAGUAGCCUACUGUUCACAGGUGGCAUUCACACUGCCCACUUUUACCUCUAGUCCUGCCUACUGCUAGCAUGUGACUGCCAGAAUGUGACCCUUGAGCUGAAAAUGGCUCCCCGCCACUGCUAUGGGGUCUCAAAUGGCCAGUUCAUGAUGCUAGAGACAGCUGAUCCAGUUCCUGUAUUUUUUAUUCUGUAGGGAUACGUUUAUAGUUACUGUGGGCAAUGCUAUCACCAGUAUCUUGGCUGGCUUUGCCAUCUUCUCUGUUUUGGGUUACAUGUCCCAAGAACUUGACGUCCCCGUUCAGGAAGUUGCCAAAGCAGGUAAGGCCUGAACAUUCCUUCCCUCCAUCUUCUGUGCAAGUGUGUGUAUUGUCCACCAGGUCUUCCAAGCAUUACAUGUCUGCAUGCAACAUAAUGAAAUUGGCUUGCAAAUGAUUUCUGAGGCUGCAGGACAUCGUGAACAGAACAUCCUCCUUUUACAUUUUAAAUUUUUGGCUUCCUUAUUUUGAGGGGAGCUAAGAAUAUUCUUUUUUAUAAACACACACACACACACACACACACAAAACACACACACAGAGUGGAAUUGCUGCAUAAUUUCCCUCUGGGUAUACAGCUAUUCUGGGAAAUUUAGAGUAUUGUGACCAUUUUCUAAUUAUGCUCUAGGUAGUUUCCCCUUUAUGGUCUAUAUUGCUCCUCUAGGAAUCAGCUCUGUUGCUUUAACCCUUCCCUUUCUAAAUAACAUUGUUUUUAUGUCAUUUUUUUCUUCCUUCCCACUCUAAAUUACAGCACACAAGGUGAGGUAGGGUGUAACUGCAAUUGUGAUCAUGGUGAGAGAAAGGCACUAUUUAACUCCUUCCACAGUAAAAUUACACAUACCCUCCAAUAUCUGGGGCUGCUCACUUUGCUAGCAGGUGUUAGAAAUCUGAAAGCAGAGUUAGUGUUCCACUUCCAGCUUAAAUCAGAACAGCAACAAUUGGCUUCUGCUAGAUCAUCCAUGUCUUGAAGAAUCCUAAGUUGUGACUUAGGGUAUCAAUGACUUGUUUCCUGAGCCUUGGCUUUCAAAAAAUACGGUCCAGAAAGCAAGUAGUACUUCAGGGACUGGAAACCGUUUCCAGUAGGGAAACACUGCCCUGUGCCAACUCUAGACUGUUUCUGUGACAUUUCUCCUUUCCUGACAUCUCUUGCUGUAAGUUGCCCUUAUGUCUACAGCCAUGAAACUCUACUCAGUCUCAGUAAUAUCUUCUUGCCUGUAGCUGUAUAAUCCCACUUGUGAUUCUUCUCCUCCUUUGCCUGUCUUCUAGGUCCAGGCUUGGCAUUCGUGGUGUACCCACAAGCAAUGACAAUGCUUCCUCUUUCUCCUUUCUGGUCUUUCCUUUUCUUCUUCAUGCUGUUGACUCUUGGCCUGGACAGUCAGGUAAGAGUGUGCUCUGCUAUGAGGAAGGACUUGAACUAUAUGGCCUCAAGCGAAUGGUGCUUAUGGCUUACAGUACAAGAGAGCAUCUGUUAUUAUCUGUGUGCAGUUUGCCUUUCUAGAGACCAUUGUUACUGCGGUGACAGAUGAGUUCCCAUAUUACCUGCGGCCAAAGAAGGCUUUUUUCUCAGGCGUCGUUUGUAUUGUGAUGUUCCUGAUGGGGCUCAUCCUCACAACAGAGGUAAGCAAAAUGGACAGUCCAAGACUGCAGCAGCCAGACCUUUCUGUCGAUCAUUUAAGUUGAGGAUUUACAGGGGCAAUUGAUGUGUUCUCCCUCUUUCCUCUCUCUGUGCCCUCCCUAAAUGUUCUAGGGGUUCCCCAAACCCUCUGGAGCAGAUUUGGGGAGGGCAUAGGGACACACAGGGAAACAAGAGGGGAAUGUCCUGUUGUGCAAUCAGAAAUCCUUGUGCUGACAGAACUCAGUAGAAUUCCACCUGUAAUUUGAGCUGUGAUUCAGAAAGCAAAUCAUAGUGUUUUCUGUGCCCUGAUAGAAUGAGCCCAUGAAAUUCCUAGAGUGACAUAUUUGGUACGUGACACCCCCCGUUCAUACUUCCUAAAUAUUCAGGUUAUUAAAAUGCUGGUGCUGGCCUGUAGAACAGGAUGUAUUGACACAAGUAAACUCACUGAGUUGACAAUCCCAUGUUUUGAUAGAGGCCUUGACCAUUCACUGCUUCUUCUCCCUAGGGCGGGAUGUAUUGGCUGGUGCUGCUGGAUGACUAUAGCGCUGGGUUUGGACUCAUGGUAGUGGUCAUUACCACCUGCCUGGUGGUGACACGUGUCUAUGGUAAGACGAGAUACACUGAUAGUGUAGAAAUUCAAUUCUGAAUUGCUGAGUUGAGAUUGAUAUGUUGAGAUUUUUUAAGUGACAUUGAUAAAUACAAAGAGAUAUACACUGGCUUUUGUGGGGUAAGUAAGACUGCCAAUAACAUAUGCAACAUCUCAAGAUGCAUGUGGCAGUGGUUAAAAUGAUAACUUAGAAUUGUACCACCCCUGGCUUUCAUACUGCACCAAAGGGGGUGGUGUGGUUGUUACUACAACUAAAAGUCUCAAAACCAGUAAUAUAUAAUAAAUGCAAAAAAUACAGUACAUAUAAAUAAGUUUUAACAUUUAAAAACAAUGUAUUCUGCAGAAUACAUUUGUACUACUGUUUGUUUUGUGGGUAAGUCACAUAUCUUUAUGUACCAUUAAAAAUUGCUUCUCUGGAAGUCAGUUGAACUGUGUUUGAUGGAGUUUACUCCCAGAUAGCCUCGGACAGCCAUCCUUUGCAUUAUUACUUGGGGCCAAGCCACAUUAACCAUAGCGGGGCUUACUUCUGAGUGAACUUGCAUUGGGUUGUGCCGUUAAUGAUUUAGUGGAAAACAGCUGAUGUAAUAUUCCAUUUCUUACACAUCAUUUUGUUCUCCGCAGGCAUGAAGAGAUUCUGUCGUGACAUUCAUAUGAUGCUGGGUUUCAAGCCAGGGAUAUACUUCAAAGCCUGUUGGCUGUUCCUGUCUCCAGUGACAAUGAUGGUAAAUAUGCACCAAUAUCCACAGCUGGACAAUACCCUUAUCAAAAUCAUCUAAAAUGUCACAAGAGAGUGGGAAGCUUCUCAAAUGGAAACUACAGACUGAUUAAAGGCUUGACCACAUUUCUGCUUGCCCUGUGCCUGGAAAGCAUACGUCCAAAUGGUUUUCCGCUUGUCCUGACGCUCUAGGCAUGGGUCUGAGUACUUUUGUAUUGGCCCCGCUGCUCUCCCCUAGAAAAUCCUCUAUUUAGUGCUAUGUAGAACAAAUCACAAUCUGCAGAAAACCUGAUUGCCAUUUGUUCUGAUUCAGCGCUGCAGAUUUUGGCGGAGGUAUGGAUAAACCUUCAGUCUCUGCCAGGUGGUAGUUUUGAAUCAUUUCCCCCAGCUCAUCUCAUUCUCCCCUGGUCUGUUAGCAGGGUCUUGUCCUACACCUCCUGAGAUUAAAAGUUCAUCUGUAGGACAGCACUCCCUACAACUGACUCAAAAUGGAAGGGGAAAUGCUUCGUGCAAUUCUAUGAUGACACUCUUUGUUUCAGGCUCUGCUGGUGUACAGCAUCAUCAAGUAUGAACCAUCAGAGUAUAAUGGAUCCUAUCGUUUUCCAUUCUGGGCUGAGAUCCUAGGCAUCCUGAUGGGAAUCAUCUCCUGUCUGAUGAUCCCCACGGGGAUGGUUUUUGCUGUGCUCCAUGAGGAAGGAACACUCUGGCAGGUAAGCAGCUUCUGGGGUCAUUUUCUUUGUUUUCUCAUACCCUCCAACAUUUCUCUGAUGAAAACAGGGAUGUCCUAAGGAAAAGCGGGACAUUCCAGGAUCAAAUCAGAAACCAGGACAGUUUCUGUAAAUCCAGGACUGUCCCUGGAAAAUAGGUAUAAUAAUAAUAUUAUAAUAAAUUAUUAUUUAUACCCCAACCAUCUGGCUGGGUUUCCCCAGGCACUCUGAGUGGCUUUCAACAGAAUAUUAAAAUACAAUAGUCUAUUAAACAUUAAAAGCUUCCCUAAACAGGGCUGCCUUCAGAUGUCUUCUAAAAGUCUGGUAGUUGUUUUUCUCUUUGACAUCUGGUGGGAGGGCGUUCCACAGGGUGGGCGCCACUACCGAGAAGGCCCUCUGCCUGGUUCCCUGUAACUUGGCUUCUCGCAGUGAGGGAACCGGCAGAAGGCCCUUGGCACUGGACCUCAGUGUCCAGGUAGAACAAUGGGGGUGGAGACGCUCCUUCAGGGACACUUGGAGAGUCUGUUUUCUCAUGGGAUCUUUGUUUUUGCACCUUUUAGGUCUACUUUAUAUGACCAUUGUGGCUACAAGGAGAAGAUUGGAAGCUUUCUCUUUUGUUUUAACUAGCCUCAGUUUAAUGCUUUGUCUAAACAGAGUUGGUCAUACCAUUAGGUACAGUGAAUGAGGCUGCAAUCAUUCCCCCUCUGCUAGAGGACAACUGGUUGUCAGUUUCAUUUUAUUUAGCCAUUUAAAAAGAAUGUGUGGAGAAAGCAAAGGAACUUUCCUUGCCAUCCAAUCUUAAAAAAAUUGACUUUCCAGAGAUACGCUAAAUACCAACACCCCCACCCACUUUCUAUCUUCAUUUGAAUUACUUCGUUUAAAUAGCUUUUAAUAAUGUCAAGUUUCUAUAUUGCUGGGACAGAGGUUGCCAUCUAGUGGUGUUUAUGUACAUUGCAUAAACUUGAAAUAUUUUCAAACAUAGAACCAAUAUGAAGAUCUGUAGAAAAAUAGCAGAGCCUUGCACUUCUGCUUUGCAGAAAAGAACAUGAUAUUGCUGCUAAUCUCAGACUAUAUUGCACAUUUGCUGUGCAGUGCUGAACAGUCAGGGCACCCUGUGAAAUUAACAGAACUGUCUGCCUCCACAGGUGCUGAUAACUUCUUUGGAGUUAAAAAGUUAACACUAACAGUGAACAAAGACCAGUGCUCUGUGUUCAUCAACCUUAUUGGCUGUGCAAACACUAAUCACUGUUUGGGUUUACUUCAUUGGCAAUGCCUUGGGAGCUUUGGAGAUGUUCUUCCAUGUUCUUUCACAGAAAUGCUUUCGACAGUAUCAAAGCAAUUUUGGACUCCCAAAGAUGGACGUUCUUUUGGAUGUCCAUCAUGGUACUUCCUGUAAUUGUUUGUCCUUCUACUUGCAGAGAAUCCAGCAAGCUAGCAGGCCAACCAUGGACUGGGGUCCUUCCCUGGAGGAGAACAGAACCGGCAUGUAUGUGGCUACUCUGGCAGGCAGCCAGUCACCUAAACCUUUGAUGGUCCAUAUGAGGAAAUAUGGAGGGAUAACCAGCUACGAGAAUAUAGCCUUUCAGGUAGAUAAAGAGAUUGAAGAGGAUGAAGAAGAGUCCAUGAUGUGA